AUGGAAUUGGUAAGUGGUUGUUCAGUUGAAGAACUAUCUGCUAUGCAUUGGGACCAGCAUGAAGCAUUUCCACAACUUGGAAACUCCAGCAUCCUUUUAUCUCAGGGAGCUUCCCAGUUGCUUAAUCUUCUUUCAGAAGAUUUAGACAUUCAAUAUAAUGUUGAGGUUGUGAAGAUUGAUUACAGUGGAAUGGGUGUUAUAGUUCAUGCUUCAUCUGGUGGUGUUUUCAAAGCUGAUAAGGUACUCGUUACUGUACCACUUGCUGUGCUACAGAAUGAUAUUAUUGAAUUUGUACCUCCUCUUCCUGCUGAGAAAACAAAAGCCAUUAAGUCUUUAGGGGCUGGAGUUGUAGAAAUGGUUGUCUUGCAAUUCAAAAGAAAUUUCUGGAAAGAAAAAGUAAAAGAUGUUGAUGUCUUUGGUCAUAUUGCUUCAGAUGAAAGUAGCCGAGGUCUGUUUAGUGUAUUCUAUGAUCUCUCUAGAGUCCAUAAAUCUGGAAAAGAAAGUCAUAUAUUGGUGACAUAUAUUGCUGGCAAUGGUUUAAAGAAAAUGUUUGGAAAGACAAGCAAAGAAAUUGUUGAUGCAUGCAUGAAAGUGUUGUAUAAACUUUUUCCUGAACAGAAUGUCCCUGAGCCAAAUGCAUAUUAUACCAGUCAUUGGAAAAAUGACCGGUUCACUCGGAUGUCAUACAGUUACAUUCCUGUUGGAGUUGAUGCUUCAGUGUACUCACACAUUGCACAAGAGGUUGAGGAGAAAGUCUUCUUUGCUGGAGAGGCUACUUGCUGUCAGUUUCCUCAAUCAAUGUCUGGUGCUUAUUGGAGUGGGUUGCGUGAAGCAGAGAAAAUUUUGGACAGUCUAGAAUGUUCCAAGAUAGCAACUGAUUCCACUUUUCUUCAUUCUGUUAUCUGA